GGGCGCUUGCCAUGGAGGGCAUUUCAGACAGCUCUCCAGCUCUGGAAAGUGAACACCUUCCAGGUCUUCAACGAAUUUGAAGACGCUUAUUUGAUAUUUCAUCAUCAUUGAGAAAAGACAAAUCAAUAUGCUAAACAGGAAGAAAAACUUGAAGACUGGAAAAAUCUUAGACUUGAACAGUCUAAUAAGAGAUAUUAAGACUUCCUGUUUCAGUCAGCUUUCUUUUACCUAAGAAGCCAAUAAAUAUAGCACCUGGAGAGACCCCAGAGUCAAACAACAGUGUGUAUACUUCCUUCAUGAAGUCUCACCGCUGCUAUGACCUGAUUCCCACAAGCUCCAAGUUGGUUGUAUUCGAUACUUCCCUGCAGGUGAAGAAAGCUUUCUUUGCUUUGGUGACUAAUGGUGUACGUGCUGCCCCUUUGUGGGAUAGUAAGAAGCAAAGUUUUGUGGGCAUGCUGACUAUCACCGAUUUUAUCAAUAUUCUGCAUCGCUACUAUAAGUCAGCCUUGGUACAGAUCUAUGAGCUGGAAGAACACAAGAUAGAAACGUGGAGAGAAGUAUACCUACAGGACUCCUUUAAGCCACUUGUCUGCAUUUCUCCAAAUGCCAGCUUGUUUGAUGCUGUCUCUUCAUUAAUUCGAAAUAAGAUCCACAGGCUGCCAGUUAUUGACCCAGAAUCAGGCAACACCUUGUACAUUCUAACUCACAAGCGCAUCCUCAAGUUCCUCAAAUUGUUUAUCACUGAGUUCCCCAAGCCAGAAUUCAUGUCUAAGUCUCUGGAGGAGCUACAGAUUGGCACCUAUGCCAAUAUUGCUAUGGUCCGCACCACCACCCCUGUCUAUGUGGCUCUAGGCAUCUUUGUACAGCACCGUGUCUCUGCCCUGCCAGUGGUGGAUGAGAAAGGGCGUGUGGUGGACAUCUACUCCAAGUUUGAUGUGAUCAAUUUGGCAGCAGAAAAGACCUACAACAACCUAGAUGUGUCUGUGACCAAAGCUCUACAGCAUCGUUCACACUACUUUGAGGGUGUUCUCAAGUGCUACCUGCACGAGACUCUGGAAACCAUCAUCAAUAGGCUGGUGGAAGCAGAGGUUCAUCGUCUGGUAGUGGUGGAUGAGAAUGAUGUGGUGAAGGGCAUUGUAUCACUGUCUGACAUCCUGCAGGCCCUGGUGCUCACAGGAGGAGAGAAGCAGCCCUGAGCAUGGGCCAGGACAGGCAGCAGGGGAGACACCCAUCUUGCUGCCUGCUGGAAGCUCUGGGAAUCCGAUGGAAUCCUGAGAAUCUGUCCUCUCUCAGGAGCCCCAUACCCCCUGCCUGGGAAGUAGUGGAGACAUGGAGGGAAGGAAGAGAAAAGACUUGUUGCUUCCCUUACCCUCAUGUAUACACUUGAGAAAAACUUUGAGCCUAGCUAAUCCUAGUCCCUGUCCCUUUAGACAUAGCUCUCUUUUGGGUAAGCCAUGGGCUCUGUGCCCCUCAGGCAGGUUUUGAUCUCUGCGAGAUCCUAGACUUCACCCUGCCUCUGCCUGUCUGUGCCCUGAUUCCACCCUAAGAUAAUAGCACAGCAGAAGUCUUCAUUAAGAUAUUUUUAUUCAUCCUGUUUUGUUCUGUACCGAGGAGGUUGAGCCCAUUUAAUGUCAUUUCCUCCCAUGAUUCUUGUGGAGAGGUGCACCUUUGGGUUCCUGUGCUGUAUGCAUAUGAAGGCAGAUGGUUAUGUGGAGGAGGGCAGAGUGGUUAGCCUAGGUUAUUGCUUUUUGUGGCAGAUCUAAUUAAAUGACAGGUUUUCAUCUUGGUA